GGAUGGUUUGUUUACAAUUUGUGAGAUUGACAUUCGUGCAUUCAACUCAGAUCGAAUAUUAUUAUAAUUUUAUAUUAUUAAUAUAUUUAUACGUUCUCUGUUUAACUCACAUAUAAAAGGAUAAAAGUGGAUUGUUAGGAAGAUUUGAUACAAUUUAAAAUGGAUAGCAACGUGAAGCUAUCUGGAGAAAUGGAGCAGCAGAAUUUGCGAAAAAGGCGUACAGUUGUGGGUCCAUGGAAAGAUGUAAAGGAAUUUCGUUCCGUAUAUGAGCAUUUGUAUGGCGAAGAUACCGAUGCAGAACAACAAAUGCAAGCACUUAGCCAAAUUAAUAUUUGGAGUUUGAGACGAAGCACGCAAUGCCCAGCCGGUGUGCUAGCGACUAAAACAAUUUUUGAGGUACAAUGUUUGGAUAAGAGCAAAGGCCAAGAAGCCAUUACAGAAAGUGUUUUACAAACGCUAUAUGCAAGUGCCAUUAUACGUUUUUUUAAUUUUAUGUCAUCGACGAUGCAAACACACAAUAUGCGUUCAAUGUACGAUACUGCGAGUAUGCUGGGCUUACCAUCCUUUGUAGUUGACUUGCGACAUCUCUGUGCACAUGGUCAAGUCUUACCACCUCUUGACUUAUUAAGGAGUACAGUAAGCAACUGUAUAGUGUGGCUUCGCGAUUACUAUUGGGUACCACAAUUGGAGUCUAUGUGUGAUGUCGAAGCGAGCAAAAUUCGACGUAAAGAUAAGACGUUGUUUGAAGAAAAUGUAACAAAGUUGUUGGUUAUUUACGAUGCCGCCUUGGAAUGUUAUUGUAAAGGAGCGCAUAAUAUGAAAACUGGCAAGCGACAUAUUAGCGGCAAGAGAUUAGCGGAAUUAAGAACAUUUUAUGCAGAAAAGAAGUUGACUUCGUUGAAAGACACAUUGGAGUUUGUAUUAAAAGAGUUGAUAAUUUUAGUCAAACGUGAAACUGGUAUCAAAGAUAUGUCGGAGAUUUUUAUUGAAGCUCUGCAGAAGAUGAAAUUUUUCUUUACUGUUGGAGACACUUAUAACGCGGAUGAACCACUUGAAAUCCUUAUUGGCGCAACACAUAGCUUUUUCCGAAUGUUGGCCGUAUAUGGUUUCAUUGAAGACGUCUUUUAUAGUUUCAUAGGCUUGGCUGAGAAUACAUAUUUAGAUGAAAUUCGUCGUACCGGUGCAAGUUUUUGGGCAACUCGCAUAGCGGCUGGAUUUGUCGCCUUUCGAAAAUGCAAACAAAUGUACAAAGCUGAAUUGGAAGAAAAUCCGCAUACAAAAGACUUCGACUUCACUUCUUUAAAUUUGGAAAAUAUCUCCAAGAAAAUGAGAAGACAUUUAAUAUAUGCGGGUGUGGACAUUAAAUGUACCCCAAUUUUUGGUGAUUCCAUGCGCCGACCUUGGGUAUGGAUAGUCGAAAAGAGUUAUGUAGAGGAAAAAUUGAGUUCUAUUAAUAAAUAUAAUGGACCAAUAAUCAAAGGUAUUUUGCCACUUGUCGAUCCGCCACUAACAACUUCCGAAAUUAGAGGCAUAUCACUUCUUAUCGAUGCAUAUUUAGGAAAGAGGACAGGAGUGAAAAAAGUCGUUGCGGAGCCUGUCAGCAAGGAUGAUACCAUACACACGGCUAGUGAAUUGCUGCAAGCCCUGAAAAAGCAAAGUGGCAGCGGAGAUGAAAAAAUGCAUAUCGAUGAAAAUGAGGCAGUGAGUGAAAAUAAAGGGCAGUUUGGUAUUUGGACACUUGAAAAGAAUGAUGAAAUAACGAAUUGGUCAGUAUGCCCUUUGGGACGAUUACCGUGGGAGACCUAAAAGUCUACAAUCUGCUUGAAUUAAUAUUGCAUGAUUGCAUAAGUUCGUGCCUGAUUUCAAGUGCAAACUAAUAUUGAAGUUUUUUGAAGAAAGCGCUUUUAUUAAUCA